AUGCUGACAAUGAAGACACUCCAUCUAAUAUGCAGAAAUUGCAGAGGGAUGGCAAAUGUUCUGUUCCAGCCUCAGCACACUCCAGUUUUCCUAUCUACAUCCUGCACCGCACACAGCAGGAAGAAGAAAGUAAAUGGUUAUGAAAACAUUGACCAGGAGAAGUACGCAAAUCUGGUUCGGAUGGUAACCUCCUCUAAGACUAGUUGUCAGACUCCCGAGAGGAUAUUUGAAGAAGACAGCUUUUUGUAUGGUGAAGUGAUAAAAUCAAAGGCGCCAUCACAAGAACCUGAAACUAGGGUGCCCCGGAAUCAUUCACUGAUGUACAAUUCCAACAAAGUGAUACUGCCUGCAGAGAAGACAGACCCCAAUAUCCCAGUGAAAAUUAGCUUACCAGCCAGAGAUCAGAUGGCUGACGGCAGACUGCCAAGUGUCACCCGUAUCCUUCAACAGACUAUGCCAAUGGAGCAAGCGUUUUAUUUGGAACGGUGGAAGCAAAGAAUGAUAAUGGAACUAGGAGAAGAAGGGUUCAUUGAGUACACAGCAGCUGUUUUCUCACAGGGAAAGCAGUUCCAUGCAAGGCUGGAGGAUCUGCUUGUAUCUAGAGAUGACAACAUUCAUAGACCAGAAGAUACUGAUGAGCUGUCCGGAUACCUGGCCAGUGUGGAACAUGUCCUGUCUGAUGUUUCAGAAUUAAGGACACUGGAAAGUGCUGUUCUCCACUCCGAGCUAAAGUACCUGGGCAUUGUAGAUUGUGUUGCUUAUUAUAGGGGAAAACUUUGCAUAAUAGAGUGGAAAACCUCUGAGAAGCAGAAGCCACACAUACAGAGAACUUUUGACAAUCCACUGCAGGUUGCUGCUUAUGUUGGCGCUCUAAAUCAUGAUGUCAACUAUAACUUUCAAGUUGAUUGUGGCCUGGUAGUGGUGGUCUAUAAAGAUGGAUCCCCUGCACAUGCACAUUUUAUGGACCCUGAACUGUGCACAUAUUACUGGGACAAAUGGCUGUUACGUCUGGAAGAAUAUAAGGAGAAAAAGGAGGAAAAACAAUAG